CUGUGAGGAACUGCUGCGUUCCCGUGGCGUGCGUACAUCCGUGUGUGCCUGUGCUCAACGCAGGGGUACAAAAGGAUUUUGAAGCCAGAAUGCUCUAACCUUUAAUAUUUGGGAAUGAGAUGUACAGGAGAAAGCUGUUCUUCGUGACCCGUAUUGUUAAAAGAUGUUUUAUGACUGAGGUAGCAAAUCAUCUAACGUUGGCUAGAUUUUGCCGAGGUAUAAGCAGUCUAAAUUGUGCUUGCCUUUUGUCUGUAAUUCCUCUUUGUGACCUGUCACGUAGUAUCUAUUUGCCGUACAACGACUGUUCUUCCAGAGGUUUUAUUGUAAGCUUUAUUAUACAGAAGAGCUUUUAAAAUUAAUAACAAAUCACAGUGAAGGUAUUAAUCUUUCUGUUUGGUGGAGGUUUCUCUUUUAGAAAUGUGCUCCAGGUUUCUGGCUCCUUCAUGCCCCAACUACAUAAGGGUCACCUAUGUAAUCACCUAGUCCUGUGUCUCCUGAGCUGUUUGCAGCUUCAAUAACAUUUUGGAGAUGGCUGGCGGUGUUGUGGGGUGACCAGGGCAGUUUGGUACGGUAGCAGUUACACAAGUACUCUCUGAUGAUAAAGAAGGAAUGUUGCUCAAAAUGUUUGUGUUCGUAUAAAAAUGCUAUUAAAAUAUUCCUGACUUGACAUUCUCCCCAUAACUCCCCCUUCUUUUUUUUUAACUGGGGAUUUCUUAUAUUUCUUUAGUAAAUAGGAACCAUAACAUUUUGUAAUCUGAAUUCAGCUGUCAGUAACUAUCUGAAAGAAUUUAAAAACUUGAAGUGACUAUGUACAACAGCUUCUGUCAGAUUGUAUUAGUUGGCUCAGUCUAUACCCAAAGGUAAGAUAUGAAUGCCUGGAGAAUCAUUUGCAAAUUCUGUAAACUGUGUUUGGAAAUCCUCCUCUUGACUCAUCAUAGGAGAAGGCAGCGUUGAACUGCAGCCCAGGCCAUCUUAUGACUGCCAGCGUGUGCUGCAAUUAGUAGUUCAGGCUCUGUACAGUGAUACGUACUUGUUGCUCUGCAACAAAUAAGCAGUAAUGAUGUAAUAUAAUUUUAAAAAAUCAAAUCUGAAUUCCAUACUGCAUUCUAGCUAAAGUUGUUGGAACUUAAAUGGGAGCAGUUCCUUGGUAUGAAAGUCCAGACUGUAAUUUACAGUCUGCAACUCUGAAUGCUGUCUCACUUAUUAAAGCAGAGGCCAAAGAGGUAUUUCCAUUAAAAUGUACAGUGAUCUUAAAUCAGUUGUCUCACUGAAUAUUAUCUUGUUGCAUCAUUAUGCUGGUGUAUCAAUGCUACUAAAAAAAAAAGUGAUAAUAAAAGAGCUGUUAAGCAGAUCACUUCUUAGUUGCAAAACCCAGAUACUUGGUCAUAUUUCAUUGUCUCUGUUAUUACCCCAUGCCCUGGUUCUGUUUAUUGAAGUUGGGCUGAUGGGUAAUCUGUGAGCACUACUUUCAUUUUAACUCAUAUUUUCAAAGCUCUAAGAAAUGUUUGUAAGUUUACUACAUUUUGUUUCUAGAGGAUGCAGCUCCUUGGUGAUUACAAGUUUGGCUGCGAGCUGUUUUCGUGAUCUGGAAUUAUCGUCUGCCUGCUGCACACCAACAGCAAGCUUAGACCAGUGCUCCUGUGUAACAUCUUGAUGCUGUUGUUGCUGAUGGAGAGAAACAGGACUUGGUAGUUCACUUGGCGGCAAAUUGUUCAGAAGAAAAACUUGCCAGGGAUCUGGAUCAUUUUUACCAUGGACUCCUCAUCUGUCCAGCAGGAUGUUCACUUGGAGAACGAAAGCAGUAAUGGGGCCCCUGGCAGCUCUGAAGAACUUUUGGAUUGUAAAGCCAAGUCAGAUUUGCCAGUUACAACAGAAGUUAACACUACCAGUAUUAACAUCAACGAAGUGCCAAAUGAAGAGGGAAGUCUGGAGAUAAACAGCAAAGUGGACACCUGCCAGAAUGGGCCAGAGUCACUCUUCCCCGACUCUCCUGUAUCUUUUGACCCCACCAGCAGUGCACAGGGUCAAGAGUCAUCCCCAGGUGUGACUGGUUUCCAUGACAGCCUAAGGAAGUCUCAGGGAACUAGUGCUGAGGGCAUAGUUCUUAGAAAAGAAGCUUUGCAGUCUCUCAAACUAAGUCUUCCCAUGCAAGAAACUGAAUUGUGCUCAGUAGAGUCUUCACUCCCAUUGGAGAAAGAAGAACAAAUAAGACUUCAAGCAAGGAGACGGUUAGAAGAACAGCUCAAACAAUACCGAGUGAAAAGACAUCAAGAAAGAUCGAAUCAGUCUACAUCCAAAAACCGUCCCUCCAGCACCCUGGAUCCUGAGCUGAUGUUAAAUCCAGAAAUCUUGCCAAGAGCUAGCACUGUAGCAAUGACAAAAGAAUACUCCUUUAUGCGGACCAGUGUCCCGAGGGGGCCGAAACUGGGUAGUUUGGGACUUCCAGCAUCCUCAAAAGAGAGAAGUUCAAAAUCUAAGCCCAGUAAGAUCCGGUCCUUGGCUGACUACAGAACUGAAGAUUCAGACUCUAGAAACACUGCUGGGAAUUUUGUGGCUACUGAUUUAUCUGCUGGGACUCUGAAGCAAAGCAGAAGCGGUCCAACAUCGGUUGUUUCUGAGAUUAGUCUACCCUCUGACACAGAUGAUCGAAUAGAGAAUUCCUCCUUGGCAGGAGACAGUGUUUCAGAAAUUGAUGGGAGUGAAGUGGGAAUGAGGCUGGAUGGAAAUGAGAGUGACAGCUCGACCUACAGCAGCGUGUCAGGAAAAGGGCUGUAUAACAGUUUACAGAAUGCAGAAGGCAAACAGGGUAUUCCAUAUACAAUAAACGGUCAGAAGAUACAUCCUGAUGCAAUGGGGCAAUUUCCUUCCAUCAGUGAGGUGCUACAGGCUGCGGCAGUGGAGCAUCAAGCCCAAGAGCAAGAAGUUAAUGGGGAAGUACGGAGCAGGAGAGACAGUAUUUCUAGCAGUGUUUCUAUGGAGAGCUCUAUCGCAGGAACUCAUGACGAAAUGUUGCAGGUUCUGAAGGAAAAGAUGAGACUUGAAGGGCAACUGGAAGCACUCUCACUAGAAGCUAAUCAGGCUCUCAAAGAGAAGACUGAACUACAAGCCCAACUUGCAGCUUUGAACAUGAAGCUUCAGGCACAGAUGGAGCACAGCCAAAACAGCCAGCAAAAGCAGGAAUCUCUGAGCUCAGAAGUGGCCACAUUAAAGCAGUCUUGCUGGGAUCUGGAACGAGCGAUGGCUGACCUGCAAAAUACCUUGGAAGCAAAGAAUGCUAGUUUGGCUUCUUCAAAUAAUGAUUUGCAGUUAGCAGAGGAGCAGUACCAAAGACUCCUACUGAAGGUUGAAGAUAUGCAAAAAAAUGUUCUCACCAGAGACAGCACAGUUCAUGAUCUGCGACAGCAGCUGGCUUCCUUACAGAACCAGCUUCAGAAGGUGCAGUUGGAACGGACCACACUGACCAAUAAGCUAAAGGCAUCUGAAACAGAAAUCUCAUCGCUCCAAAAUGUGCGACAGUGGUACCAGCAGCAGCUUGUGCUAGCACAGGAGGCCCGUGUCAGGCUACAGAGCGAGAUGGCCAAUAUACAGGCUGGGCAGAUGACUCAAGCAGGUAUGUUGGAACAUCUCAAACUAGAGAACGUGGCAUUGUCUCAGCAGCUGACUGAAACCCAGCACAGAUCCAUUAAAGAAAAGGAACGUAUUGCAGCACAGCUGCAAAAUAUUGAGGCUGACAUGUUAGAUCAAGAAGCUGCCUUUAUGCAGAUCCAGGAGGCUAAAACUAUGGUGGAAGAAGACUUGCAGAGAAAACUAGAGGAGUUUGAGGAUGAGAAAGAACAGCUUCAGAAAAUGGCUGAUUCUGCAGCAACAUUGGAGCAAGAAUUGGAACAGGUCAAGUUGACUUUGCAUCAGCGAGAUCUGCAGCUUGAAUCUUUACAGCAAGAACACCUAGACUUAAUGAAGCAAUUCACUCUGACCCAAGAGACACUGCACACCAAAGAGCAGUCCCUGGAUGACCUGCAAACACAGUAUGAUGAACUGAAGGCCAGACUAGAGGAGUUCCAAAGUGAUGCUACUUCUAAAGAUGAUAUGAUCCAGUAUUUGCAGAAUGAGAAGAUUGUCCUGGAAGUAGCUCUGCAGGCAGCAAAAGCAAGCAAAGAGCAACUUGACGAAGGAGCAAUGCGUCUUGGGGAAGAUACAGAAGUAGCAUCAGAAAUCUUGGAACAACUGAGGCAAGAAAUGGCAAUCAAGUCAACCCAGGUAGAAAAUCUGCAACAAGAAAAUGCCAGCCUUAAAAAACAGGUUCAAAAAGUGAAGGAACAGUUCCUGCAGCAGAAGGUAAUGGUGGAAGCUUAUCGAAGAGAUGCAAGUUCUAAGGACCAGCUGAUCAGCGAACUAAAAGCUACAAAGAAGCGUCUGGACUCAGAAGUGAAAGAGUUAAAACGAGAGCUACUGAAAAUUCAAGUUGAAAAACAGUCACUUGAAUCUGAACAUUCAAAACUACAGAAGGAAGUAUCUCAGGUUCACCAGCAGAUGGUGGAAAUAGAAAAUCAUCUUCAGUCAGUGCAGAAAGAACGAGACGAUAUGGAAACACGCCUACAGUCUUUGCAGUUCGAUAAGGAACAAAUGGUAUCCCUCACUGAGGCAAACCAGGUGUUAAAACAGCAAGUAGAACAAAUGCAAGAAGAAGCAAAAAAGGCCAUUACUGAGCAGAAACAGAAAAUGAAGCGUCUAGGGUCAGAUCUGACGAGUGCUCAGAAAGAGAUGAAAGCAAAACAUAAAGCCUAUGAGAAUGCAGUUAGCAUUCUUAGUCGUCGGCUGCAGGAAUCUCUUGCUGCAAAGGAGUUUGCUGAAGCGGAGUUGAGCAAACUAAAAGCACAAAUCACUGAUGGUGGAAACAACCAGAUUGCUCAAGAAAGGAUUCAAGCUCUGGAAACAGAAUUGCAAGCUGUUAGCAGCAGUAAGUUGAUGCUGGAAAAAGAGUUGCAAGAAGUGAUUUCACUUACCAGCCAGGAACUUGAAGAAUACAGAGAGAAAGUGCUGGAACUUGAGGAUGAGCUUCAGGAAUCUAGAGGCUUCAGGAAGAAGAUAAAACGUUUAGAAGAAAUUAAUAAGAAGUUGGCCCUUGAACUGGAGCAUGAACGUGGAAAACUUACAGGUCUUAGUCAGUCCAAUGCUGCUUUGCGGGAGCACAACAAUAUCCUAGAAACAGCAUUAGCAAAAAGAGAGGCAGACUUGGUACAACUGAAUCUACAGGUUCAGGCAGUCCUAAAGCGGAAAGAGGAAGAGGAUCAGCAAAUGCAGCAACUUAUUCAAGCUUUACAGGCUUCCUUAGAGAAAGAAAAGUCAAAAGUUAAAGACCUUAAGAAGCAGGAAGCAGCAGCCAAAGCAGAUGCAGCACAUAACCGCCGUCAUUACAGAGCUGCUGUGCUUGAGCUCAGUGAAAUCAAGAAAGAGCUACAUGCCAAAGAACAGCUUGUCCUAGCCCUUCAGGUUGAAGUGGACAAACUGCAGGUAGAAGAUGAAAAACAUUCCCAGGAGGUAUCACAGUUUCAGCAAGAGCUGGCAGAAGCCAGGUCUCAGCUCCAACUUCUGCAGAAAAAGCUGGAUGACAAGCUUAGUGAACAGCCUGUAGUAAACCAAGAGGUGGAAGACCUCAAGUGGGAAGUGGAACAAAAAGAAAGAGAAAUUGAAACACUUAAGCAGCAGCUGGAUAUGAGUGAGCAGCGCAGCCGCAAGGAGUUAGAAGGGAUACAAGUUGUCAUGCAGAAUAUCAAGACUGAGUUGGAAAUGGUGAGGGAAGACCUGUCAGCGACUCAGAAGGAUAAGUUUAUGCUGCAGGCUAAAGUGACUGAACUGAAGAACAGCAUGAAGUCUCUGCUGCAGCAGAACCAACAACUGAAGUUGGACCUGAAGCAUGGCAAGAUGAAGAAGAGGAAGGAACUGAAAGGAGAGAAUAACUCUUCAAAUCCUGUGACUCCAGUCAAGAUUCCUGAUUGUCCAGUGCCUGCUGCCUUGCUGGAAGAGCUGUUGAAACCAUCGACAGCUGUGAGCAAGGAGCCUUUAAAAAAUCUGAACAGCUGUCUCCGGCAAUUAAAGCAAGAAAUGGACAGCCUUCAGCGCCAGAUGGAGGAACACACCAUUACAGUACAUGAAUCAAUGUCUUCGUGGACUCAGAUCGAGGGGCAGCUAAUGGACCUUACGUCUACCAGUCCUGCAACUGCAGCAGACCAGCAGGAGAUUACUACUCUAGAUGAAAAGAAACAGAAUUGUAGUGUUAGUGACAAGGAAGCUUUGACACUAUAACCUCCUUAUCAGUUGUCUUUCCUCCUAUUGCUUUAAUUAUGUAAACAAAUCUUUAUCAAAAUUAUUUAUUUAUUUCAUUUUUAAAAAUGGUGUUCAGAGUUGUGCUUUUGCCUGUAGAAGCAAAGGGCAUGGUUUUGAGAAACUGGUGUAAUACUAAAUGCAGAACAUGCUAUUCCAAGGGUUUGUUUGAAACCUUACCAUAAUAAUUCUGUCAUGUUGGGACUGCCAAGUGGUAAAUGUAGCACAUUUUGGGGUUUAGGAAGAGAUUCAGAUGAAGGUUUACAAAGAGGUCAAGAAGAACAUCUGGUUCCAGGUCUGUAUUUGUUCAAUCUGGGUGAAUUUGUUAAAGACUGACUGUUAAUUAUGUAACAUCUGGGGUUUGGUGUGCGUUUUUUGGCUUUUUGGGUUUUUUGUUUGUUUGUUUUAAUUUGGGAGGGGCAGGAGGGUGUGUUUUUUUCCCCCAUCUUGGGUUGUAUCCAAAUGACGGGGAAAAAUAAGUUCUGCUCAUGUUCAGCCAUUAGCAGCAGUUCAGAACUGGAUAUUCUGAGCGUCCUCUCUCUUUCCACCUGUAAUCUCUUAUUCUUGAAAGUCAGAUUACAGAUAUCUGCAUUUAAAGAAAAGAAAAAAAUUCAUUUGAAGCCAUUUCUAGUUAUGAAGAUGACCUCUGACCUAUAGCAAAAGAAACAAGACUGUAAAGACAAGCAAUGUGGACCGGUAUGUAUCGUUGGCAGAUUUGCCUGGGAUGUUUUCUGAAGUAUCAGUUUUUUUCUUACAGUCGCAGGCCAGUAGGGAGCUUUUGCUUCACUGCACAAACACUUCUUGCACCUUUUUAGUUCAACUGUUGAAGUAGACACCCUUAAAAAAGUGCAGGGCUGCAUUUUCUCCCAAGCUCCUUAUAAAGACAUAGAAGCUUAUACAAUCAAGUAGUCUUAGAUGCAUGUUUUUCCUUUUAAAGAUGAGGGAGCUGAAGUGCUCAGCUUAGAGUUCUGCAUUGACCCACCUGUCUCUAUGAAAGUACCCGGACACUAGGUAUUUGCAUUUUAUAUUCACCAUGUGUUUUUUCCACAAACAGCAGCACCAUGCCAUUUCCUUAAAUGAAGGACAGACAGUGAGACUUGAGGGUCUAAAUCUAGUGAGGUACUAAGUCAAUUAACUUAAGGAAGUCACUGGGAAGCCUCCUAGAAGGAGCACGCAGCAUGUGAUGAAAGCAAGGCCUUUUCUUUGAAGCUCAUCAGCUUAAUUCUUAAUUAUCUGGAGAAACAGUUGCUGUUUUAUUAAAAAGCCUCACCCUGAGGCUGAGCAUGGUUGCUCUACAAAGCUUCAGGCCUCUGCUGUCUAGGCAAUAAAACAAACUAGUUUAUAGGAGUGAAAACUGCCUCCCCUCUGCCUGGCUGUAGCACUGCCAAAUACAUCAGAGGAAAAUCUGAAGAAUAAUCUUAGAGAUUUUUCUUUUCCUUUUUCAAGCACUGCAUUAGAAUGUAUUUUCUGGGUCUGUUUCUUCAGUGGUUGCUGCCUACUGAACCAAGUCUUUUUGAUGAAGGAGAAAUGUCCCUGUAAUGAGAGAAUGUUUCCCAAGUGACGAAAGUUGGUAAAUGCCACAGCAUUACUUUUUCAGAUGCUGUUGUGUUUUUGAGGAGUCUUGAAUAAUUGUGCAUUUAAAAAAAAAAAAA